UUGGUAUUGCUUCCCGGAGGAAAUGCCCACGACUGCACUGGCGAGAAUACGGCAAUGCUACCCCGUCCAAGUCUGGGAUAGCUGAACAAGGAUGGCAAUUACGAAGCAACCGGGUUGAAUUUUUUGAUCCAUUUUUUAUUUGGUUGAAGUUCUGUUUCCAUAAUAACCCCUUAAUCUCGAUUGUAGCCUAUAUUUCCAGAGGAUCCACGUGGUAUUUUUAUGGACAUCUCACAGUUUUACUUAUAUAAUUUUUAAAGCGUCCGAAGAAGUUAAGAUCGAGUAGGGCAACGGUGACAGCUGGAAAUUUGUCGGAUAUAACAUCAUAUUUCCCCCAUCAAAAGGCCCGCCUCCUUUGUUAUCAGAUGGUUAAGUGCCCCGCUCUCCAGCUCCCUUAUGGAUGAUCCUGAGAAGGACCUCCAUUGAUCUAUUGGACGGGCUCAGCAAUUGAAAUGGAUCCAUCUUGCAGCUGCCCAACUGUAGCACAGACUCGGCAAAGCCUUUCCACUCCGAUGUUCUCCCUCGAUCAGUGGAGAGGGAGGAUGAUGAUCCAAAUGGAAGCUUCUGGAAUGAUAACAACGCAAAGCCAUUCAGUUUGGGGGGGAAUGGCACUUACGCUGUAGGACUUCCAUGGGGACCUCCACCCAUCCAUAGUGAUGCUCGCUACUCUUGCCCAUGCUCCUUUCUCCCCUUACUGCGGUGAACAUUCACGCAACACGUAUGUACACGCAUCUAACAUAUAUGCACGUUUAAUAAGGACCUCCUCUGGAUCUCUCUGGAUCUCUAUUUCUUGAGUGUCCCCCUCGUCCACUGGGCCCAAGCGUGUGGACUGGACACUCAUGCCGCUCAUGGGCCACGGCCAGGCCGACCAGUGCUGCUCGCUCUAACUCUUCCUGAGACUCAUUCCUGGAGGGGUGCGGGGCGCAAAACCCAAUGGCAUGGGUGAAACUCUUCAAGAAGCAGGGUGGCAGUCUGGGAAAGACCUACCAGCCUGGCAGCAUGCUCUCCCUCGCACUCACCAAGGGCCUGCUCAACGAGCCCGGGCAGAACAGCUGUUUCCUCAACAGCGCUGUACAGGUGUUAUGGCAACUCGACAUCUUCAGGAGAAGUCUGAGGCAGCUAUCAGGGCAUUUCUGUCUAGGGGAUGCCUGUAUUUUCUGUGCUCUUAAGAGUAUUUUCAGUCAGUUCCAGCAGAGUCGCGAGCGAGCGUUGCCGUCGGAUACGCUGCGCCACGCCCUGGCCGAGACGUUUAAGGACGAGCAGCGCUUUCAGCUGGGCCUGAUGGACGAUGCCGCCGAGUGCUUUGAAAACAUUCUGGAGCGAAUCCAUCUGCACAUUGUGGCAAACACGGCCUCAGAGGUCUGCACCUCCAAAUCCUGCAUCACGCACCAGAAGUUUGCCAUGACGUUGUACGAGCAGUUUGUAUGUCGAAGCUGCGGCGCCUCUUCCGAUCCUCUUCCUUUUACCGAGCUGGUGCAUUAUGUCUCCACAACAGCACUCUGCCAACAGGUGGAGAGAAUCCUGGAGAAGAGUGACAGACUGAGAGCAGACAUGUUUGGGGAACUCUUGCAGGCGGCCAACACGAUGGGUGACCUCCGCAACUGUCCUAGCAACUGUGGCCAGAGUAUCAAGAUCCGCCGCGUGCUCAUGAACUGCCCCGAAAUAGUGACCAUCGGGUUUGUGUGGGACGCCGAGCAGUCUGACCUCACGGAGGAUGUCAUCAGGUCACUGGGUCCACACCUAAACCUCUCGGGGCUUUUCUACCGGGUCACUGACGAGAAUGCAAAAAGGUGUGACCUUCACCUGGUGGGGAUGAUCUGCUACUCCAGCCGCCACUACUCUGCCUUUGCCUAUCACAGCAAGUCUUCCAAAUGGGUUUUUUUCGAUGAUGCUACAGUGAAAGAGAUCGGAUCAAAGUGGAAAGAUGUAGCUUCCAAGUGCAUGCGGGGGCACUACCAGCCCCUCCUGCUGUUCUAUGCCAACCCAGAUGGGGGCGCCGUGUCUAACGAGGACGCCCCGAGACAGACCACCAUGUGGUCGCGCUUUAAGUCUCCCAUCAACGGGGACAUUUCAGUGACUGACGGUCCUCAUUCAGGGUCGAAGAAGCUUGACGGAGUAAGGGACAGUGCUCCUCUUCGCUCUGGACAGAGCACCCAUAAGUCCACUCAGCAGUCCACAUCCAACUCAGGCUACAGCAGACUCAGAACUGCUCCUGGUAGUCCGAGCCGAUUCCGAGAGUCUUCCAGGGAGAGUUUCCAGAGGGGCGGGGAGCUGCAGAAGAAGGAGGGGGAGAGGGCCCAUCGAAGACCAGACUCUCUGCAGAGCCGAGAUAUGACAUAUCCUAGGGCCACGUCACCCCCAGAGAAUGGCCUGCGGUCUCACCCUGACCAGCGGAUGUGCUCGUCUCAAGGCCGGGGCUCCGCGCGGCAGGACCGCUCCUCCCUCCACCCCCAGCGCUCCCCCCAGGAGCCGCGGGGAGGGGGCAAGGCGCGCAGCUCGUCCUGGCGACCGGUGCGCGAGGUCUUGAACGUGGACAGCGUGCUGAGCGAGCUGGAGCGCCGGCAGCAGGACAGUCCGCGCUGCGCCCGCGCCGCCCUCCCCCAGCAGAGGGCGCCGCUGCCCGAGCGCAAGCAGAAGGGCCUGAUGACCAUCUACGAGGACGAGGGGCGCCACGACAGCGAGAGCCGCAGCUCGCAGGACUCGCAGCACCGCAGCGCCACGCGUGCCAAGGCCGGCGCCAAUGCGCCCCUCCGCGCCGACAACUGGACCAUCCAGCGCACCGAGUCGGGCUACGAGAGCAGCGACCGGCUGAGCAGCGGCUCCACCAACCCGGACUCGCCCGGCGUGGAGAACUUCGCCGGCAAGGAGCUGAAGCUGGCGCAGGACGCGCCUCAGCUCAGGGGUCAGGCUCACCACAACAGAGGCGAGCUGAAGAAUGACCCUGCUCGCUCCCCGCUCUACCACAGUAAACAUCUGCUGAAAUCUCAGGGAAAGAAUUCAGAUCAUCUGGUGAAAUGCAGUCCCAGUUCCAGUAGAAGGAAGCUCAGAUAUUCCUCCAGCAGUUCAAAGAAAGGCAGCACCUCAGAAAGGGACCCCGUGCCCUGCAACUCUCGGCAUGAACCGGAGGAUUUGUCCCUCCGGGGCCACCGUUCAGACAGUCCGCCGAGGCACCUGGGUAAAGUGAGCAGCUCCGAGUGCAACAGCUCGGACGACCUGACCAACCCGCUGUCGGAGCAGGAGGACAGCGCGUACCGCUCCAGCACCAGCGAGACGGCGCCGGCCGAGUCCCCCCGCCCCCCGCGCGCCCCCCAGCUCCCGGCCCCGCGCCAGCCGGACCCCGCGCCGGACACGGCCCCGACCCGGGCCAAACAGGCCGCGGCGGGCGCCGCCGGGCGCCAGGGAGCCGACGGACGCACGCCCGCCUUCCGGCCGCGCCUGCUGCAGGAGCCGUCCCAGACGAGCCCGCGGCCCUCCGCCCGUGCCGCCGCCGCCGCCCCUUCCUCCUCCUCCUCCUCCUCCUCAGCCUGGAGAGCCGAGGCCAGCGGCGCCCGCACGCCCUCCUCCGACAUCAGCUCCAAGUCGGGCUCGGACCAGGAGCGCAGCGACGGCGGCAGCGGCGGAGGAGGCGGCGGGUCGGUGGACGGGGAGGACCGGGGCCGGCGCGGCUCGGACCGCAGCAGCAGCAGCUCGGGCGCGGGGAGCGGCGGCGUCGGUGGCGGGGGCGUGGGUGGACCGCCGUCGGGGUCGGGGGUCGCGCUCACCACCUACUUCUCGGUGGACAACUGCAUGACGGACACGUACCGCCUCAAGUACCACCACCAGAGGCCGCUGCUGCUGUCUGUGGCCGAGCCCAGGCCGGCGGGGAGGGGAGGAGCAGGAGGAGCAGGAGGAGCAGGAGGAGGAGGAGGAGGAGGAGGAGGAGAGCAGCGGGACGCGGGACUCCCCGGCGAGACGCAGGGCGCCUCGGAGCACUGCCGGAGCAGAGCUGACCUGGGCUAUGCAAGCAGUAAGCCCACAGCAAAAUGGAACCCAGUGGCUCCCAAAGGACUGGAUGAGCAUGGCUUUUUGUGAUGAAUGUUGCAGUAUUGGGUCUAAUAUGGAUGGGGAAUCUUGAGAUGGAUGCCAAAGAAAACUUGUGGGGGAUAGAUCCUAAAACCUCAGAUAAAAGGAACAUUGCCAAAUCAUAGACCUGGUUAUUGUGUACAUAUAAACAAACUAUGUAAGCCAUAAAUGUAGUGGAAGCUGAAUGAUCCCUCCUCUGUUCACCUCUGGUGUGGGGUCAUUCCCUCAGACGUCCACCAGAGGUCAGUAUGCACCUUUACUUCUUGCACCUAUACUCUUCUCUUUGCUUGCUAACAUGGUUGGCCAAUUUCUAUGCUUUAACUCAAGUGGUACAAAUAAUGUAUGAAAAACCUUUGCAUAAGGCUCACCUAAAAGAUGAGUCUACGUAUUAUUUGUUCCCUCAAGCUUUACUGUUUUGUUGUAUUUUCUUUCAAUGUGGAGUUUGUACAUACUUGUCAGAUGUUUAUUUAUGGAGUGCCUUUUCAAGUUUUUUCAUGAAUAGAUAUGAUUCAUGAUUCAUGAACAAUGUUGUAAAAUGAUGUCCACUUAUAUAUUUUUGGAGAUGCCUAUGCAUUUAUUUUUAUUCUUUGUUUAAUAAACUUCAUUCAAACAUGA